AUGGUUAUGCCGACACAGUUAAUUAUUUGUGCAGCGAUUAAAAUUCUCAUUGUUAUUCUAACAAUAGUGGUAUUGAUUCUACUCGAUCCAGAAUAUACGGUGGCUUAUAUUUCAGUAAACUAUGAAAUUGUUCUCAUUUAUAUCAUUUCAUCACUUACCUUACUUUAUUGCAUUGUUUCUAUCAUUAUGUAUUUCAUUGUACAUCGUCAAAAAAAAUGUGACAGAAGAGCGAUAUCUCUUACAAAUUGCUCGAUCACUGAAGUGGUAUUCGCUGGUGCAGGAAUGAUUGCAUGGAUGUUGGUGUGCGGUAUCGGUGGCACUAUUUCUCAACGAACUAUAAUCGAAACUGGGGAACGUUUCGGAUGGAUUGCUGCAUGUGCCGGUAUAACUGUGUCGCUAAAUCUGGCAAUAAUGGCACUUUUUUGUCUGAAUCUUAUGACGGAAAAAGUGUUUAGUCUGGAACGGAGCAACAAGUAUGUUAGCGCGCGUUAUCCACUUGAUUCGAGGAUAUGA